AUGUUCGCAACACUAGCCAUAUACCUGACCCUCAGCGUCUCCUUCAGCGCAGCACUACCCCAGGCGCCCCCAUCCCCAACCGACACGGGCCCAUCCCUCCCUACGGCAAAACCCUACGACUGCGGCGAGCCCGGCCGUCCAGCAAACAUCCCCUGCAGCGUCUGGAUCGGCGCACACGACCAAACGGUGGCAUUGCAAGAAGACCCCAACGUCAAACUGUCCGUCCACCCGCUCAACAACAACGAACUGGAAAAUAACCUCUACCAGCAAACCAUCCGGGCCUUCGUCGACAAAGUCUCCCUCGCUGCCUCCUCGGGCCAAGUUUAUAAUCAGAGUAAUGUGGACUAUCAGCAGAGCGUGGGGAAUGAUGGGGGGGAUUUUGUGGCUGUGAAGAUUGCGCAGACGCUGGAUCAGUUUGCUAAUGUGCAGCCGUUCACGUAUACUGGGUUGAAUGAUGUUUUGGAGACGUUGGUUGAUGUGGAUGCGAAAGUUGAGUCGGCGAUUACGUUGAAGAAGGGUGAUGGGACUGUGAUGGGCCAGGGGUGUAUUUCUACGUCGAGUAGUCCGAAUUGCUGA